AUGGAAGGUUGUUGUCGUUUCAAGGGGGAGUGGCGAUCAGAAGGAUCUCAUGGUGGUGAAGCUAAUGAGUUGAAGGAGGUUGAAGUAAAAGUGGUUGUCCCGUGUUUGAAGGUGAAUGACAGUUUGUUCGUGAUGGUGAUGAUGGACUUCCAGUUGGCGCCAACAUUGGAAGAGUUAUCACAUAUAGAAAACAUUGGUAUCAAGGAUGAAGUCCCUUACACCGGUCUAGGGGAAUUUCCUACACAUCAACAAAUAGGUUCAUCUAUACAUCUAGAUAAAGCGGAAGUGAAGGCUAAUCUUGGACCAAAAGGAGGCACUUCGGGAUUCACUUUGAAGUUCUUAGUGGGAAAAGCUUCAGAUUUCAAAAGUAAAGAAGAUUGGGUCGCUUUCAAUGCUGUGUUAGCCUUGAUACUCUAUGGGAUUCUCUUGUUCCCGAACAUUGAUGACUUCGUGGACAUGACUGCUAUACGCAUUUUCUUGCUCAAGAAUCCCAUUCCCACCUUGCUUGCAGAUGUUUAUCACUCUAUCCAUUGGAGAAAUGAGAAGAAGGGGGGGAUGAUCCAGUGUUGCGCUCCUUUACUGUAUAAAUGGUUCUUAUCUCACUUACCAAGCGAAGGGCCUUUUAUUCAGAACAAGGAUAACCUCAAGUGGUCUCAAAAAAUCAUGUCUCUCACUGCCAAUGACAUCACCUGGUACUCUCGUGUUUAUGAUGAUGUGGACAUAAUCGUCAAAUGUGGCAACUUCCAUAAUGUGCCACUCAUAGGAACUCGAGGUUGCAUCAAUUACAAUCCUGAGCUUGCUAUGCGGCAACUUGGGUUUCCUAUGAAUGACAAACCAGAAGACAAGUUGUUAGAAGGUUUCUUGCUAGGAGAAGGAGUGAAGGACUUUGAUCUGGUGAAGAGGAUAGGUCGUGCCUGGACUAAAGUUCGUAGAGAAGGAAAAAGGGAGCGUGGAAAGAAGAAUUGUAUAGCUAGAGGGCCAUAUACAAGUUGGGUCCAAGCCAGAGCUUCUCAAGACAAACUACCGUACCCUUAUGAGCCUCCAAUGCAUACAAAUCCUCCAGAACCUACUCACGUCACUAUGGAGGAAGCUAAAGAGCUCAAAGCUGAGAGGGAUUGUCGUGAGAAAGAGAAAUGGUGGAAGCUCGCCACAAAACAAAAAAAGGAGAUAAGAGAGACGCUUGAGGCUGAGAUAGCCAACCUCAAUGCUUCACUCUUUGAAUCAAAAGAAAGGGAAGAACGAGAACGCCGCAGUAAAGAGAGUGUUAUGGCUGCUACUCAAGUUACACCUGAAAUGUGGAAUGGAAAGUGCCAGGAGGCUGAAAAUGCUAAUGAGUGGGAACGAUACUGGAGAGGCCGACAUGACUCUUUGCUACAAGAAGGUGAAGAUUGGAUGAACGCAAGGGAAAAUGUGAAUGCUAGCUUGGCAGCCUGCGAGGAAACCAUCCAGUUUUUACAUGAACAAAGAAAUGAGUACCGAGACAAGUUUGCCAGUUUGAUAGACUUCUGUAAUGGCAUGGCUACGAAUGUGCCUUUGAUGCUGAGAUGUGCUUUGGAAGACAUAGAUAAUGACAACAUCCCUCGUUCAGUGACUGAAUUUAUUUAUCUUUGUGAAGACAUGAUAAAAAGGUUCAAAGGAGAGUUGGAAGAUCUCAACAAACAGAAGCCUGCAGUUUGA